AUGACCGGUUUUCCCGAUACCCAAGGCCAUUUUUUGCUCCCUCGCUCCACUAUCACUCCCACCAAGCGAGCUUCAGACGCAUUUUUGUCUCUGCUACAAAUGCUACGGGUGACUUUCCUUCAGGAUGCCGUAUUUAUGCAGCAACGGUUCCUCAACCAUCCUUUUUCGGACACCUUAUUCUUGCGCUUCAAAAGUGACAUGUUGCAAGCAGUCGCGACCCAAACCGAUCCUUCCGAUUUGCUUCUGCAACGCACGGUGCCGCUGAUCGAGCAGAAGUUGGCCAGCCUUCACAGACACAUGGAAACAAUGUCGCAGAACGUUCAAGCUAACUUCGAAUGGGCCGUUACACAAGAAACUACGCAUCAGAUUCCUUCCACCGACGUUGUUGAUCCGUCAGCUGCAAGUGUGAGCGAUGCGGAGACUCUUCCCCUCCACGACCAAGCUGACCCCACCAACCAUCCACCUGCCUACAGGUUGAGUCGGAGCAUCAAGAACGUGAACGAUCUCUGGCGAGAGUGGACAGUUGGGCUUGGAGGCGAGUAUUCCGUCAAGCUCUUGGACUACCAAUGGGGCCGUCGUUGGCCCUCUGACGACUACGUAGUUCCUCUCAAAUAA